CCUCCACGAGCACGCCAUAAUCCAAAGUCGACAGAAUAAAAAGACUAUUUGGUGCUCUCGCUUCUCCGCAAAAAUAUCUCGAGUUCCCGCUGCCGAAAGCUUCGUCGAUAUCGAAGCCCGAAAUACGAUAUGGUUUCGGAUUCUGACCUCGUGACCCGCCUUAGAGAAAUCCUCCGGACCUCUGACCUCGACACCGCCACCGCUGGCAGUGUCCGUAGGAAGUUGGAGGAGGAUUUAGGCGUCGAUUUAUCGGACCGGAAAAAGUUUAUUCGGGAACAAAUCGACAUUUACCUCGAAACCCUACAGAAUGAGCAUAAGGAUGAAGACGAAGAAGAAAAUAUGCCAGUGGAUGUGAAUCAGAAUGAGGAAGGCAAUGAAAUCGACGCCGUUGAAGAAGAAGGAGAAGAGGAGGAAGAGGAGGAGGAGGAAGAAGAGGAGAGUGAGGAACGGGGAACUAAAAGAAAAAGGUCAAAUAAGGUUGAAAAAGUAGGCAAGAAAAGAGGAGGUGGCUUUACGAAGCUAUGUGCCCUAUCUCCACGGCUUCAAAAGUUUGUUGGAGUGCCUGAAUUAGCAAGAACUGAGGUUGUGAAGAAACUUUGGGCAUAUAUCAGGGAGAACAACUUGCAGGAUCCAAAGAAUAAGCGAAAUAUAAAUUGUGAUGAAGCAUUGCGGGAUCUUUUUCGUGUAAAUACAAUUAAUAUGUUUCAAAUGAAUAAAGCCUUGUCCAAGCAUAUUCGGCCAUUAACCGCAGAAGCUGGAUGUUUAUAUUUUCUGCAAUUUCAACUUCAACUACCACAAACAGGCUUCCACAUUGAACUUCCGCUUUAUUUCAUUUACGAGCAUGAAAAGCUGAAGGAAAAAGGUGAAGAUGGUAGUAAUUCUGUGUCAGAAAGCGAUGAUCCAGCUGAAGAACAGGAAGUUGAAGAGGAGGAAGAGGAAGCUGUGGAGAAAGAGGGUACUGUACAAAGCAAUAAAGGAGGUGGGUCUUCUAAGGCGGAUAAAGAUGUUAAGAAAAGAGGAGGAGGCUUUACUAAAUUGUGUAGCCUUUCUCCACAACUUCAAGCAUUCACUGGAGUGCCUGAAUUGGCCAGGACAGAGGUUGUGAAGAAACUUUGGGCCUAUAUUCGGGAGAAAGACUUACAAGAUCCAAAUAACAAACGGAAUAUAAUAUGUGAUGAAUCACUUCGUGCUCUCUUUCGUGUUGAUUCUAUCAAUAUGUUUCAAAUGAACAAAGAAUUGUCCAAGCACAUAGGGCCAUUAAAUGAGGAAGAUGGUACAUCUCCAGACAACUCUAUACAGAAGGAAACACGGUGCAAGCAAGGAAGAGAAGAAGGUUCAGAUGAACUAAAGCAGAAGGAAAAACGGCAGAAGAAGGGAGCUUCUGGUCUUCUUGUUCCCCUUCCUCUUUCAGAUGCUCUUGUAAAAUUUUUUGGCACUGGCGAAAGUACAUUAUCUCGGGCUGAUGUUGUAAAGAGAAUGUGGGAAUACAUAAAACAACAUGAUCUGCAGGAUCCAUCUGAUAAGAGGAGAAUCAUUUGCGAUGAAAAGUUAAAAGAACUAUUUGAGGUCGACUCAUUCAAUGGAUUCUCAGUCUCAAAGCUCCUGACAUCUCAUUUCAUCAAGAUGGAACAGUGAGUUGCUUAAAUGUACAUAAGCAAGCCCUUUGGAGGCGGCAAUUUUGUUUUAGGAUCUUCAAUGUGUUACGGCACCCUUUAUGCUUCUUGUUCAAGUAAUGGAAAUGGUUUUUCAGAAAAUCUCGAGUUUUUCUGGGCAUUAUUUUUUGGCAUCUAUUGUUUACAUGAUUGGCUAAAUAUGGGGCAUCUCCAAGAAUUUGAAUGUAAAGCUAAAUUUGCCACGUGGAAAAUUAGAUUGCCGCUGGUCUUGUUGCUGGAGCCAAGGACCAUGAGCUCAAGAAAAUUUUCAUACCUGCUUUUACCUUCUCCAAUGUUAUAUUCUCUAUCUGAACAUAAAUAAGUUCUCACGCCUUCUGUGUUGUCCAGUUGGUAGGCUUGAUCAGUCGUGAGAAUAUAGUAUUACUUACAAAAUCAACUGGGUGUGACUUCAAGUAUUAUCUCAUUAGUGUCUGUGUAUAUAUUCAUUCUUUUUUUAUACCAAAAUGGCAAAAUUAGCAUGUCCUCUAAUUGAAGUACUAGUAUUGAUUAUGAUUGUGCAAA